UCCCUAUCCCUUUCUAAAACUCCACCCAAAAUAUUACGACCAACACAACCACCCCAAAAAUAUAAACAACAACAAUACCUCCAAGCCUUGCCAACCUUUCGAUUCACAUUGCCAAUGUUAUUCUCUUACAUUGCAGGAAAACCCCACUUACGUCGAGAAGACCCAGUGACGUCAUCAUGCUAAACCAUGACGCAGAGUGCCGGUCACGAAAUCGAGGCAGUGGAGCUAUCGGCCAUUUCGCGCCAAACCCUCACUUCAGCCGGGGCCUUCACUGAUACGCCCAAAUCGUGCUCUUCUGUGCUUUAUUGCGGAUUUUCCCGCAGCCGUAUUGACUUUCCCGGCCGCUGUGUUCGGCUGUUUGUGGCCUCUGUUUCCUACCACUCGCACCGCGGCUGUCAGAGAAGUUUUACCCUGCUUUCCUCUUUCUGCAUUUCCAUUUUUCUCGCUUGGUGGCGCUUUGAUUUCAGCUGAUAGAGAUCGAGACUGACUCUCUGUCUCUCUCUCUCUCUCUCUCUCUCUCUCUCUCUCUCUCUCUCUCUCUCUCUCUCUCUCUCUCUCUCUCUCUUUCUCUCCUUGGGGACGCGUUUCUCCAUCGGUGUCAUCAUCCCUCCAUGUUCCUAAAAUAGUGGCAGAGAUCGUUGCUGUUGCUCGGAGCGUGCGUCAUCGCUAUGACAACCGAAUCCAACGAUGGCGGCCUCGUCACAACCUCGCGGUCAUGGGAUGCCGGCGCAAAUGAGAACAUCCAUAUCUCCAGCAACAUGGCGACGUUGAGAGACGGCACUAAUUUCGGGAGGACGACUCGGGAGGCCCCUGGCCCCCCUCUACCGACGGUCGAAUCGAAAAUAUUUCCACCUCGUCUGCCCCCUGUCCCUGCCUCUUUCUAUCAGAGGGCCCCGAACGAUUCCUUUCAGAUUCACAACACUUCUAUAUCGCCUCCAACUGACUCCAAAGAGAGUGAGGCUACUAUGCCUCACUCAUUAGCCAACACUCUCAACUCACUUCUGCACAAUUUAUCUGCUUCGUACCAAGAGUUCCAGACAAAUCUUGGAGGUAAUCAGUCGGUUUCCUUCAACGAGUAUUUUCACGCCACUUAUCCACUUUCAAACACGACCCAGAGUUCGCUUUCUGUUCGCAACGGAUCUACGACCACUCUACUCCCUACUGCGAACGGUUUCACCCAACCUUUAUCUUCACCCUCAUUUACGGACUUGUUCUUUUUACCCGGAUUUGACAAUGUAUCAUCCAGAACUUUGGGGAAUUUUACAGAAGACGAGGAUUUAGGCGUUGAUCGAACAACAGUUGAAAUUGUGUUAAUCUCUAUAGUAGUUAGCCUUUUAGCUAUUCUGACCGCUGGUGGAAAUCUUUUAGUUAUCGUCGCGUUCAAACUGGACAAGAAUCUUCAAACUGUGAGCAACUAUUUUCUUCUAAGUCUGGCCGUAGCAGAUUUGACUAUAGGCAUCGUCUCCAUGCCGCUGUACACCGUGUACCUCCUUAUGGGUUACUGGCCUCUCAAAGCCCUCAUGUGCGACGUGUGGCUAUCUCUGGACUACACCAUGAGCAACGCGUCCGUAGCUAACCUCAUUAUCAUCAGCUUCGACCGGUACCUCAGCGUGACCCGACCUCUGACCUAUCGCGCCAAGCGCACGCCUCGUCGAGCCGCCACCAUGAUCGGGUGCGCGUGGGUCAUUUCUUCCAUCAUGUGGACUCCCUGGAUCUUUGCUUGGCCAUACAUCGAGGGCAAGAGGACAGUUCCGAACACGGGCUGUUAUAUACAGUUCCUGAAGACCAACCAAUACAUCACAAUCAUCACCGCCAUGUUCGCGUUUUACAUCCCGGUCAUCAUCAUGACGGUCUUGUACUUCCGGAUUUAUCGAGAGACGCAGAAGCGACAGAAAGACUUGCCCAAACUCCAGGGUAUGCAUAAGUCAAAAAAGAUCAAGGACCCCAAUCAUCAUCCGUUCCAUUCGAGCAAGAAGUCGAUGGCGUCCAGUGAUGAGGAAGGCUACUCUAGCACCAGUGACAAAGGGAAUAACGUUCUUGUCCAUCAGAAUGGGUUCGAACACCCCGAAACGUCCACGGGAGUAAAAAGUAAAUUGCUAGGAUGUUUAAAGAUAGACCGUGAUUCAGACUACAUGGAGGAUUCUAGCACAUCUGAACCCCCAGGGUCUCCACCAACGUCCAAUGCUCAGUCAACAUCCACUAUACAUAACAUUUCCGCCAUUCGCUCUAAUGGGAAAGGAGGUAACCUUCCUCGCCAAGAUUCGGAUAAAUCUACAGCGAGCCUACAAGUCCCGAUAUGUAAACCAUCUCGCUCGGUCAAGAUGAAUUUCAGCACGUCUCUUAUACCGCUGCUUCCCAUAGACUCGCCCAGCCCCACCUCAACCACGUGUGGCAUUCUUCUUCCUCGUGACCUGAGCGUUGACACAACGUCAUCCACGCCGGACCAGGCAUUGCCCUCUCCGCUCAGCGACGUGGCUGCGUCACGCUUGCACUACCCCCGUGACGUGACCACCACCUCGUUCUGCGACCCCGUGUCGGAGGUCAUUUGCGAGGAUCCGCCAAAACAAAACAGGACGUCCACACCAUCGUUCCGCACUUUCAGAGGAGAUCAGGAAUCGGUGGAAAAGAAAGAGAGUGAGGAAGAAGACGACGAUGACGAUAGCGCCGUCUACAGGGUUCUUAUACGUCUGCCUCCGCAAGAUAGCGUAGAUUCGAACCUUAAACCGUCCAUUCGGAGGGAGCCAGAGGAAGAUAUGGACCGCUUCAGCGAACUCAACCCGGAACUUGUACAAAGAAACGAAAGUGAUACCGAGGACGAUGAAGACGCCAGCUCCCGAGGGAUUCACGAUCGACCAUCGAUACCCCCUCCAGUGAGACCUCCGACAGGUACCCCGGCGUUAGCGCGCCGAGCACAAAGCAGUGACUCAAAUAAAGUGGCAAUGCAGGCGAAAAUCGCUGCUAAAGCGGCCACAAGGGUGCGUAAAGCGAAGCAGAUGGCUCGCUCUAAGGUGGAGUCUCGCAGGCAGGAGCGACGUCAGGAUCAGAAAGCGGCAAAGACGCUCACGGCCAUUUUGUUGGCGUUUAUCGUCACUUGGACUCCGUAUAACAUCUUCACUGUGGUCGAGGUCUUCUGUGAAGGCUGUGUGGAUGAGACCCUCUAUGCCAUAGGUUACUGGUUGUGCUACAUCAACAGCACGAUCAACCCGCUGUGCUACGCUCUCUGCAACGUCAACUUCCGAAAAACCUUCUGGAGAAUUCUUACCUGUCAGUGCAGGAAGAGGCGUGGCUCGCUCCAUAGGAUGGUACUUCCGGCAACACACAUCAACAACCUCAUACCUCGAUGACCUCCCCUUGUCCAAUUUUCACGAUAAUCGCCCUUGCGUUCACGCAGACGCGAGAAUACACUCAUCCCGCAGAGUGAUGACGUCACUGCCUCCUUCUCGGCACUUUUGCCUGAGAUCAGCGACAUACAGCUGCUGCUGUCUUCUUGGUUUGCACGCGAGCUGCAGAGUGCUGUUUUACAGUUUUAAACAGCUUUAUUUUGCUGAAACCAAAGUGCGUAACCGAAGACCAGUCGGAUACAGCGGAGCGGAGUGCACAACAAACCAUUGGCGUAGGCCUAGAUGCCUCGUACAGGCUGGUAUAUGCCGCCUGAAAUCGGCGUUGGCUUGACCUAUCAAGAGCUCUAAGCUCUUCAAAACACUAUAAACUUUGACAGAAAUUGUCUUCACAGCUAUAAGUGAAGUUUUUUUUGGUUUGUCCGCUUGUUUUUAAAUAUAAUAAUAUGUCUCUGAGCCUGUACCCUUACACAUGCUACGUAGUUUUAUCGUGUUGUUGUUUUAGGUUGAUAUUUUAUAAUACUAUGAAAUAUGAUAUAAUUUGUGUUGUGAUAGAUUCUCCUGUUCUCGAAUUUGGUCGAGAAGUGAUUCAGGGGACCUUUCUUUUUGUUGUUUGUUUUAUGUUUCAAGAGCAUGUGUUUAAGACCACUUUAGUUGGAGCUCUUUUGUUGUGAAUAUUCUCCUUUUCGAAGAUCUUACGUUUUAUGAGUAUGAAGCUUAGAUACCGUGCUUAUUUCUUUUAUUGCCUAAAAAUAUGGCACUUCUAAUUACUGAUAUUUUUUUCAACCACAAAAACGGUGCAAAGUAAUACAUUUAUUGAAUUAUAUUUACUUGCAUUGUUUAAAAACUCUAUAGAGAACAUCGGUUUCAUUUUUGGGCUUACCUGUGAGUAUGCCUUUUACGUCUAUUGGACUGAUUAUUUAAAGUAUGAGAGUUGUUCUCCCUGGAUUUGUUAAUUUAUCUUUAAGUUUACUUUUCUUCUUUAAUCAAGAUUAUUAACAAUGUAGAAAUAUAAAAAGACGCAGAUCUUGUCGAGUCUUUGCUAAAACGUGCAAUCUGUUGUAAAAUGGUUUACAAAAUAUCAAAAUUAUUAAGGUCUUAACUUGUGUGUGUUGUGUUUAUGUGUGUGUGGGGUGGGAUGGAUGGGAGGGGGGUGCUUCCACCUUCCUUGCCAGGGAUAAUGCAGUGUGUGGGAAAGAAAUGUUUUUAAAAAUCUGUUUCUAAUUGACAGUAUUUGUCACAUGGCACCAUGAACUGAUAAAAGAUUCAAAAGGAUUCGCAUAAUAUCAUUUGAGCAGUUGUUUGGGUAGCCUACUUUUCGUUUUAUUUUUGCUACUUUUCUAUUAUUAUGUUUUCUGAGCUACAGGAGAAGUUGCUCUUAUAACACAGACCCAGAAGCAUGAUAGUCUAUGUUAUGCCUUGAACAUCUUUAACAGAUUGGGAACAUUCAAAUCAUUUAUUAUUUGGGUGGAAGAGUGAAUCAGCGCUGUAAGGACCAAAGGCUGUGUUGCGGAGCAUUCAAACGAUCGUACAUAAAUAAGAAACAUUAAUCUAUAUAUCUCAUAGUAUGCAUGAUGUCAUUACAGACAUGGUCGACGCAACUCCCCCCCCCCCCUCAUUUCCCCCAUUCCUAAAUGACAUAAAUUGUGUCAAUGAGGGUGUAAGACACCUAUACGCAAUUGAAGUUACUUUUUUAAAAUUUGUGAUAUUGUAUUUGAAGGGAUUAAACAAAGAUUUCUCUAAGAGAACUUACAUUUGAGAAACAAAAAUAAAUUAUGCUUUCAUUAGUGCGAUAUCAUUCAUGUUGCGCUUGAAUUGUCUACUGAAUCAACUAUCUUGUCUUGAACUGUACAUUCAUUUGGAUGAUAUUACCAGCAACAGUUAGCCAUAAUAAUAUGGAGGGUUAAACCUCUCUUUCAGUACGUAUGGAUUAGAUCGGAACGAUUAUGUUUUUAUUGGUGAAUUCUAAUCGUUUUCAUUUACAAUAAACCCAAAAUACGCACAAUGUU